AAAUAAAAUCCCCCCUCUUCCCUACCUGGGAAACCACAAAGGUGAGCAGCCGGAGUGAGAGUUUAAAGGGCAGAAACACCUGUGGCCAGACUGAAUCAAAAGUUAAUAUGAGCAUCACGGACAUCCUGAGCCCUUCUGAUAUUGCUGCUGCCCUCAGAGACUGCCAAGCUCCAGAUAGUUUCAACCACAAAAAAUUCUUUCAGAUCAGCGGAAUGUCCAAAAAGAGUGGCAGCCAAGUAAAGGAAAUCUUCCGGAUCCUAGAUAAUGAUCAAAGCGGCUUCAUUGAGGAAGAUGAACUUAAAUUUUUCCUUCAGAGGUUUGAGUCCGGAGCCAGAGUGUUAACAGCAGCAGAAACCAAAACAUUUUUGGCAGCAGCAGACCAUGAUGGAGAUGGAAAAAUUGGGGCUGAAGAAUUCCAGGAAAUGGUGCACUCCUAAAGGCGCUGGAAAUGACCAUGUGUGACGAAAGAACUGACACAUCUGUAGGAGACCCUUCUCCCAAAUCUUGUAAACCCAGGAAUCCCUCAUUACCUUGUUUUUUUUUUGCCGCAACCGUGUGUUACUGGUUUAUAGAUUUUGGUG